AGGACCUUCAAAGACUUGGCUUCAUCCCCAAUGGCGUCUUCUGCCAAGAGAAAUCGAAAGGGAAAACGACCUGCUGUUCCGGAGGACUCUCCAUUCUUCUGCUUAAGAAUUGUUAAUGUUGAUGAUAUCAAGGCCGGAAAGAAGGAACUUCGGGCCGCAGCUGUGAAGAAGUAUGGAGAUCAAAUGGGAGAUCACAUAUUCCUCAAGGUUCCAAAUUGUGGAGAACCUUGGAAAGUAAAGUUGAGAAAAUCACCUAGUGGUAACCAAAUGUGGUUAGAGGAGGGAUGGGAAGCAUUUACCAACUUUUACUUACUAGAACAAGGUGACACCAUGGUGUUCAACUAUGAAGGCAAACAUUCCCAUUUCCAAGUACGCAUCAUUGGUUGGGAUGAUAUGGAAACUGACUACCCUAGACAUGGAGACGAAGUCAAAGCCAUGGUAAUUUCCUCUGGAUCCUCUGCUGAUGGACAGGAAAAUGAAGCUAGAGUCAUUGUGAUUUCAUCCGGAUCCUCUGCUGAUGAUCAUGAAAAUGAAGCUAGAGCAAAAUAAGUAACGAGUCUUUUCAUUCGGAUCCUCUAGUAAUGCAACUAAUGUAAAAAUGAGUGUUUCGGUUGAGUUUGAGUGCAAUCUUCAUGUGUAUAUAUUCCUCUAUCACAGGGAAUUAGCUUCAUCUAUAACUGAAAUUAUAAAUUUCUACUCUUCUUUUCCGAACUAUG